AUGUCAAUCAUUGAGAUCCCUGCCGCUGCUCCUGCAAGCGAGCAUACCACCAACCAGGCGUUAGAAACAACGCAGGGAUUCGAUCUCGAAAAGGCGCGCGCCAUCAUCAACUCUCAUCUCGACGACCUGAACUCGUCCCUACACAAUGAUAUCAACAAAACGCUUCACGCAAACCCAGAAACCGCGUACAAGGAAUUUUUCGCCCACGAAACGAUCACCAACUACCUUGAGAAGCAGGGGUUCACGGUGAAGAGGCACACGUAUGGUCUGGAAACCAGUUUCGAAGCUGAGAUUGGCACCGGUGGCCGCCAAGUCGUGGUCUGCGCCGAGUACGACGCCCUCCCCGACAUUGGGCACGCGUGUGGCCACAACCUCAUCGCGACUUCAUCAAUAGCAGCUUUUCUGGGAGCGGCGCAGGCGUUGUCAGAGUUGAAGAUCCCCGGUCGCUUGCGAAUUCUCGGAACUCCAGCAGAAGAGGGCGGCGGUGGCAAGGCCAAGCUCAUCGAUGCCGGCGCUUUCAAUCCCCCUGAAGAUGUGGCUGCGGCUAUUAUGGCUCAUCCCACAGCUGCACACCAAGGCGGUAGCGGUGACGGGUCGUCGGGUCUCGCAGGCUUCAAGCUGAUUGCAAGCCACAAGUUCAGAGUCGAGUUCCGCGGAAAGCCGGCGCAUGCGGCUGGUGAGCCGUGGAAGGGCUUGAAUGCACUGGAUGCGGCCGUUGCGGCGUACAGCAACGUCGCUCUGUUGAGACAGCAAAUCCAGUCUGAUGAGAGAAUCCACGGAGUCAUCGAAGUUGGAGGCACCGUUCCCAAUGUCAUUACGGAUUACACCAGGAUGAACUGGAAUGUGCGCAGCCCCACGAUUGCUCGCGCCGAUGCUUUGUUGAAGAGGACGAAGGCCUGUCUUGAGGCUGGUGCUGCGGCCACAGGUUGUGAAAUCAACUACAUUGUAAUCACCAGCGCGCCGACGUAUGCCAACCUUCGCGCCAACGACACGUUAUGCAAGACAUACGUCGAAGACAUGGCGGCUAUCGGGGAGACCAUCAAGCUUCACCAGGCUGAGCCUUUCAACGCCUCUACAGACAUGGGCAAUGUAUCUCACCUCGUUCCCAGUUUCCAUGGUGCCUUUGUCAUCCCGACAUCACCGGAUGUUGCAGGCCACAACCCGAAGUUUGCAGCUGCGGCGGCGACGGACGAGGCUCAUGCUGCGGCUAUCAAAUGUGCCAAGGGUAUGGCUAUGCUUGCCAUCCGUGUUCUCACGGACGAUGCUAUCGCACAGGGUGCCAAGGCGGAUUUUGACGUACCGGAUGAGAAAUAA